UGGGAGUGAACCGGAAGUGCAAACGCUCCUGCUUCUCUUCGGCCAGGCGGAACCUGCUCUGCUGGGCCGGGUGGCCGCAAAAGAACUUUCUUUCUCCCGCCCAGCGGUCGCCGCGGCCAACUGCCUCGCCCGCCUGGCAGCCUUCCCCGCCUUCUCUUCCCCUCUCCAGCUCCGCGCGGCCCUGUCUCCCUCUCGCCCCGCGGUAUCCGCUUGCUGCUACCACCGCCUCCUCGUCUCCUGCCCGGCCAGGCGGCCCGCCCCGCUGCAGUGAUGUGCGACAAGGAGUUCAUGUGGGCCCUGAAAAACGGAGAUUUGGAUGAGGUGAAAGACUAUGUGGCCAAGGGAGAAGAUGUCAACCGGACACUAGAAGGUGGAAGGAAGCCUCUUCAUUAUGCAGCAGACUGUGGGCAGCUUGAAAUCCUGGAAUUUCUGCUGCUGAAAGGAGCAGAUAUUAAUGCUCCAGAUAAACAUCAUAUUACCCCUCUUCUGUCUGCUGUCUAUGAAGGUCAUGUUUCCUGUGUGAAAUUGCUUCUGUCAAAGGGUGCUGAUAAGACCGUGAAAGGUCCAGAUGGACUAACUGCCUUUGAAGCCACUGACAACCAGGCAAUCAAAGCUCUUCUUCAGUGAUGGACGGAUGGGCUGACAGCUCUGGAAGAAGGGCUCUCCUGUGGCCUCACACUGCUGCCUGUCUGUCUGUCACUCUCUAUCUGCCAGCUUCUUCAGCUAAAUACUUUAAGAGGGGUGAGGGGAGAGAGAAAUUCAUAACAAAUCAGACUACCAGAAAAAAACAAUGUUUGGGAAGGGAGGAAAAAAACUGUGAUCAGGCUUUUAAUCGGAUUCCUGAUCAAGUCCGCCUCUUUUCCAUUUCCAACAAAACAUACAGCUUAUGCCCAAGGGAGAGCAAAGACAAAACCUACCAGUACCAUUUGACCCUUUCAGCUCCCUAGCUAGUUUAUUCAUGAGGUGGUGUCGAGGGUCUGAUCCUACCAAGGCCAGCUCUCCGUGCGGGGUAGCCGUAACUGCGCCAGCAGCGGCGGCUGCCGGGACCUAACUCCGGGUGCUGAGAUAAGCAAUCAGCUCUAGCCUUCUGCCUUAAGACGCACUCUGCUGGGGGCCUCCUGGCUAGUUAAGAGCGCUGCCCGUGGUCGGCGACCAAAUCUUCCCUCAGCGACUUUCAGCUUUACGUGGGAGCUCAGUUAAGGUGAGGGGGCACACUCCUAAAUUGCCGGAUGACUCAACUUUGGAUUUCCUCUCCCCUUUCACAUGGAUUUCAUGUAUCUUUAGAUAAAACUGACUAGUUUUAUUUAUAAAAUCUUAAAUUUUGGAAGCCUAAAGGAGAAAUCAUUCCAGUGUGCAUAUUUUUUUUCUCCUCUAGAUUCAGACGUUUAUAUAACAUUGAAACACUUUCAACCUCCUGCUGGUAGUAAAAGGGGAUUUAAACUUAGAAUCAUAGCCAUAGCCUGUUAGUAUCCUAUAGAGAACGGUUGUCUUAGUACCUCUGGAUUUUCUUUAUUUGCUCUUUGAAUGGAUUGGCCUCGGUUAUGUUUGGAGAAUCAAGGAACAUUCUUUGGAAAUCCUCUCGCAGACCCACCUUGGAUGCUGAUUACUGCACCGAAGCUGUCAUUGGGGUGAGAUUUACAAUCUGGACAAACUGAGCCCUGUCCCUUCAAAAGUUCGCUCAUUACCAGGUUUCCCCAACUUGUCAGUAGGCUUCUGCUGAACACAUGCCAGCCACCUGCAUAACACAUCUUUUGUUUCUUUACUAAACCAUGCAUCGCAUUUAAUGUGAUCCCUUCAAAACGUAUUCUGUGUUCUUAAAAAUACAGGGCCCUUCAAUGGGUGUUCUGACCUGCAGGAAAUAUUCAGACACAUGUUCACAUGUUCAUUUCGUGAGCAGUACAACCAAUUAAAACAUAUACACUUAAAUUUGCUAUCUUGCAUUUAAAA